UAGAAACUGAGCUGGUGAUAUGCGAGGGGCUGGUGGUAGAGAAAGAACAGACUAUGAGUAUAGUUUGACAGGUGUCCACUGGAGUUAAAUUUGUUAGCAAAAGAGCUGGUAUAAAAUAGGAGUUUCAUAUAGGAAGGACUACAGAAUUAGUAGGAGAGUGCGGGUGUGGGGAAAUAGCCGGGAAGUUAGAGAGAUUGGAAAACGAUUUCAGAAGGAGAGUGUCCGAAAAGAGGAUAGCAGGAAAAAAGGUAAAGGAGAUCGAGGAGAGAAAUCAGCUGAUGAGAAACUAGAGAUGAGAAUGGUAACAGCAGAGUAGUCAAGUUUAACGAGGCGGCAGAAAACACCUGCGGCGACGAAAGAGUGAAAUCUCAGAAACGCGGAAUAGUCGGUGUCUCCGUGUUGUGAUGAAUCUGACUCCGACAACAAGGGCAAGUGAAUUUGAUUCUUCAGAUGAAGAAUUUGAAGAAGAGCACCACUUGCCACUCCAAGUAUCUUGGUUGGAUUUAGCUGUGCUGAACUACCAACAGUCCCUUGGAAUCUGUGCACUACCAGAUUUCCAGAUCUUACAGCUGCUUUUGGCUUUUAAUCCCUACCCUGAGGUAUUUCCCAAAGGACACUUUUGUCUUCAAGGUUGUAAAUUUAAAGAUGUAAGGAGAAACCUUCAGAAAGAUCUAGAGGACCUCAAGAGCUACAAUAUACAAGAUGUAUUUGUGUUCUGCACCAAGGGAGAAAUGGUGAAGUACAGGGUUCCAAACUUGUUAGAAUCAUACCAGCAGGAAGGAUUCAUGGUGCAUCACCAUCCUUUACCCGAUGGAAGUGUUCCUGAUAUUGCAAGCUGUUGGAAAAUUCUGGAAGAGUUGAGAAUCUGCUUGGAAAAUGGCAAGACAACCCUUGUUCAAUGUUAUGGAGGUCUAGGACGCUCAUGUCUAAUUGCUGCAUGUCUCCUUCAAUUGUCUGAUACCAUGCUACCAGAAGAAGCAAUUAACCUUCUUCGUGAACUAAGAGGAACCAGAGCUAUUCAAACUGUAAAGCAAUACAACUACUUGCAUGAUUUUCGAGAUAAUGUGGCAACAUACUUGGAAACAAAGGAAGACUCGCCAUGUCGAUCAGUGUCAAGAUGAAGGUUAAUGCAGAAAUUUCAGACUGUAUAUUGUCAUUUGUAAAAUUGUAAAUAUUACAUCUAACUUUUUGAUUUAAAAAAUCUUUUAAACAAUCAAUACUUAAGACUUCAAAUUAUUGUAUACAAACUCUUUAUCCAAAUACCUAAAUUAGUAUAAAGAAUAACUUGUAUUCAGCAACUACAUGGGUUGAAUUCAGUUCCAAUAGGUGUUAUUCUUUGCCUAUUUUGAGUUCACUGAUGAAUUGGGCAAUCCUGAGACUUCAGUUGCUCCUUUUAUAUUAUCAAUAAAAUUAAGUUGAUGGUAAUUUCUAUUAGUUGAUUGUAACUUAAUGGAAAAUACCAAUGUUGACAUUCAAAGUAUAGGUAGCUUAACUAUUUUCUACAUUAGUGCAUUUGCUCCUUAGAAAAUGCACUUUCAUAUACCCCAUCUUUACAGAAGGAUCUUGGCAGCAACAUACACUUUCUUAACAUUGUCAAUGUUUUGUCAGGAAUUGUCCAAAAAUAGGCAAACUGGGUAGCUGAAAUGGAAUACUGCAGUUUUAAAAAAAAAAAAAACCUGAAGGGGUGGUGGUGCUGCCAUUCUUUAUGAACAACUAUGGGUUCCAAUAUAUAACUUGAAACACGAGGAAAUUCUCCUACUCCACUAUUGACCACUUAACCAGAUUAUCUGAUUUAGUAACUGAGUAUAUAAUUGUUACAAUAGUAAUUUUAUUUAACUGUUCAAUUAGCUAAGAAGUGUCUUAAUACUUUUCAUGGACGGUGACCACAGCCAGAAGUGAGGAAAUCUGGCUCACUUAUUUUAACAUGUUUCAAUAUUCAGCAUAUAGCAGUCUGAUUAUACAUAUUCUCUCCACCAUAAGCAGACUCAAUCAGUAGUAGCACAGUGGCUAUUGUUCUAUUUUCCAAGCAUCAGUUUUAAAGACUAUCCAAUCCCA